AUGGCCGACAACGCAGCACCUAACCCCUCGACGGGCGCGGGUGCGGCUGUGGAGUCUGUUCAGCAGAACAUGCGUGGGUUGAACCUGGCGGAGGAGGCGGGCGUGCUGACGGACAAGCCGGACUUGGUUUUUGAAGGCCAAUAUGGAGAAUACAAUCCCGCGACCAGCCAGCAGACGAUUCGGUCGUGGGCCGGGUCGGGGCCGAACAAGGUGACGCGGGUGUUCACCACGGAGAAGAUUGUGGGAAAUGGAUCGUUCGGCGUGGUGUUCUUGGCCCACAGUGGUGAGACUACAGAGAAGGUGGCCAUCAAGAAGGUGCUGCAGGACCGGAGGUUCAAGAAUAGGGAACUACAGAUAAUGAGGAUGGUGAAGCACUGCAACGUCGUAGGCCUCAAGCACUGCUUCUACACGACUUCAGAUGACGAGCUCUUCCUCAACUUGGUGCUGGAGUACGUGCCGGACACGGUGUACCGGAUCAGCAAGCACUACGCGAAGCAGGGACAGCGAAUGCCCCUGCCGUACAUCCGCCUGUACGUGUACCAGAUCUGCCGCGCCCUCCACCACAUCCACCAAAAGGGCAUCUGCCACCGCGACAUCAAGCCGCAAAACCUCCUCGUCAACUCCCAGACGCACGAGCUGAAGCUGUGCGACUUCGGGAGCGCGAAGGUGCUGGUCCGCGGGGAGCCCAACAUCUCGUACAUUUGCAGCCGGUACUACCGCGCGCCGGAGCUCAUCUUCGGCGCGACGGACUACACGCCGGCGAUCGACCUGUGGAGCGUCGGGUGCGUCAUGGCGGAGCUCUUCCUCGGCCAGCCGCUCUUCCCGGGGGAGUCGGGCGUGGACCAGCUGGUGGAGAUCAUCAAGGUGCUGGGGACGCCCAGCCGCGAGGAGAUCCACGCGAUGAACCCGAACUACACCGAGUUCAAGUUCCCCCAGAUCAAGGCGCACCCGUGGGCCAAGGUCUUCUCCAAGCGCAUCCCGCAGGAGGCCGUUGACCUGCUGUCGUGCUUCCUGCAGUACGACCCGACGAAGCGCAUCACCGCGCUGCAGGCGCUCGCGCACCCGUUCUUCGACGAGAUCCGGAAGCCCGGCGCGUGCCUCCCGAACGGGCAGCCGCUCCCGCCGCUGUUCAACUGGCAGGAGGGCGAGCUCGACGGAGCGCCCGAGAACCUCGUUGCCAAACUGACGCCCAAGAACGAGUGA